UUUUAAACACUUACGCAGUAUUUUCUUGUCGCAAAAGCAAAUGAAGUACUCCUUUGCGAUACAACAGAGAACGGAGUCGUGGACUAUUUUGAUUUGUUGUGUGUUAACCGUCGGAUAUAUCCUAAUGGAAGGAGAAAUCAAGACUGUGCAUAUUUCAGUCUGAUAAAGGUGAAUCAUGCCCCUGGAUAGAAGAGCAGCCUUCCAGUUUGGCCUUAUUCUACUGGCAGUACCAGCACAGUAUCUGAUCACAAAAUGGAUGACUUCUAAUCAGGUGCAGAGGAAUGUGGCACUCAGAAGCAUCUUAAACAGUGCAGUGACUUUCCAUGAAAAGUAUUUUACUUGGAAAUCUUGGCAAAAAUGGUGCUUUGAUGUGAUAUCUAAGGUGCAUCUUCAUUCCAAACCCAGCUAUGGGGAGUCAGAUGCACCAGAUGGGGAGUCGCCGGCAGUGGAAGUCAUGAAACAUGAUCAACCUGAUGGAUACUUCGCAGGUUCCCCUCAUCCGCGUGUUUCAAGGCAAGAAAAUGUGAAAUAUAGAGUUGGACAAGUUAUACGACAUAAAAUACAUGGAUAUCGAGGUGUCAUUGUUGGCUGGGAUCCUAAAGCUAAGGCCCCAGAAUCCUGGCUACAGCAGAUGCACCCAAAAGAUAAAAAGCAUUGGAGAGAUAUGCCAAACUAUGCAAUCUUAGUAGAUACGAGAGAUCGCGAGAUGCCACAAGUCACAUAUGUGCCUCAAGAAAAUAUAGAAAUACUGUCCAAUACCAAAGUCCUGCAUCCUGGAAUAGACGAGUAUUUUGAGGGAUUUGAUGGUGCCCAGUAUUUGCCACGCCCGCACCUACGCGCCCUCUAUCCUCAUGACUAAACACCACUUAAUAUCAGUCAUUCAUCUUGGAGAGAAGUCAUCGGUUGCAGAAAGACAAUGAUCAGGAAAUGGUUCAGACUUACACUACAAACGGACAACUCUUUCCUGCUGGCAAUUGUCAAGAUUUAAAUUACAAGUCUCAAGUGUCUGUCAUCUGUUAUCAAUUUAACCAGGUACGCCACAUCUGAAAGGUGUGUGCGACUUGAUAUAUAUAUUUUGACGG